AUGGACCCGGUUGAUUUCUUGCCGGUGCUGAGGAGGGUAGUGGACUUCAAGGGGAGAGAACGGAGGAUGGUGGACGUGGCUAAGAGGUCCGAUGUGAUCUUGCAGGGCAUGAUAGAUGAGCUUCGGUCAAGAAGGAUGAGAAGCAACAGCGGCCGAGAGGUGGAGAGCAAGACGAUGAUCGAUUCCAUGCUGCUGGAGGGCUACUCGGACGACGUCAUCAAAGGCCAAAUCUUGUCAAUGCUAAGUGCGGGCACAGACACAUCCGCGGUGACAAUAGAAUGGGCCAUGUCCCUCCUACUCAACCAUCCAGACGUCAUGAAAAAAGCUCAAGUAGAACUAGACGACGUCGUUGGCCGAGACCGUCUAGCUAAUGAAGCAGACAUCCAGAAGCUACCUUGCCUUCAAAACAUCAUCAAUGAGGUGCUUCGAUUGUUUCCGCCGGCACCACUCCUAGCGCCUCAUGAGUCUGCUGAGGAUUGCAUGAUUGGCGGGUUCAAUGUUCCCCAAGGCACCAUGAUCCUAGUAAAUGCAUGGGCAAUUCAGAGAGAUGCAAAAGUGUGGGAUGAUCCCACAAGUUUUAUAUCAAAGAGGUAUGAGGGACUAGAAGAUGAUCAUGCAUACCAGUUGUUGCCGUUUGGGAUGGGGAGGAGGAGUUGUCCUGGUGCUGGCCUUGCCAAUAGAAUGGUGAGUUUGGCUCUAGUGGCGCUUAUUCAAUGCUUCGAGUGGGAACCAAUUGGCGAAGAGCCGGUGGACUUGUCCGAAGGGAUGGGAAUCACAAUGCCGAAGAGAGAGCCAUUGGAGGCUUUGUGCAAAGUGCGUGGAUGCAUGAUUGCUAAUGUUCUCACACAGCUUUGAGAAGGUCAUUCUCCAGUGAACUUAUUUGGUGAUGUUAAACCUCCGUAAUACUUAUGAACUAAUAUGCAAUAAUAAAGCAAA